AUGGAGGAGUGCACAACAGCAGCAGAAGCGGCGGCAGCUGGUGGUGCCUUCCUGGAGGCGGUGGCCGCUGGCGACGUGCUGCGUGAGGUGGUGGUGCACAUGCUGUCGUUCGUGGCCAACGCGCACGAUCUCUGCUCCCUUUCCAUGGUGAGCCGAGCGUUGGCGGCGGUGAGCCGGGACGACGCCCUGUGGAAGCCGCUCGGUCAUCCAUCGUGGGCCGAUCACCAUGUCCUCAGGAAACGCAACACCCACGCUCUCCCGCUCAAAGUGGUCAUGCAUGGCGACUCUGGCGCAGGAAAAUCGGCAAUCCUCCGCCGCUACGUGCAUGACGAAUUCGAAGCCCAUCGUUCUCCGACUAUAGGCGCGGCCUUCGAGCGCCACUGUGGUCAGUUGCAAUUGUGGGACACGAGCGGACCCGAGCGUUUCAGAUCGCUCUCGCCGAUGUACUUUCGUGGCGCGCACGGCGCGGUGGUGGUCUACGACAUCGCCAACAGGUCGACCUUCGACAACGUUAGGCGCUGGCUGAAGGAUAUACGCAAGUACGGGCUGGAAGGCUUGGUCGUGGUGCUGGCGGGCAACAAGACCGACUUGGCCUCGACCAGACCUGCUGUGACCGAGCUUGAGGGCAGGCGGAAGGCGGAGGAGUUGGGCGCGCUGUUCUGCGAGUGCUCGGCCAAGACGGGCGACGGCGUGGAUGACGUGUUCGACCUCCUCGUGGAUCGCCUGAUGGGCGGCUGGCAGGGCGUGGCGCGCAUGGCCACUCCGGCGCACGUGCCCAGUGAAGAUCUCCUCGCCCGGCUCUUCCCACACGUCACUACCACCGCCACAGUCACCAACAGCAGCGCAGGAGACAGCACGCAGCAGCAGCAGAAGCAACCAAGGUGUGCCCUCCAGUGA